AAGAGCAACACUUGUUGCCACCACAGACGCCACCUGCUCUGCUUGCCUCUUGAACUAAAACAGAGCAUCCGAGAGGCAGAGGAGUCGGAGCCAAAGACGAAGAAGUAAGAAGAUGGCUCUCCUCUUGGUGCUCGUCGGGGUUUUGGUCGGCGUGGUGCUGGCGAGCAGCCUGCUGCUGCGCUGGAACGAGGUGAGGUACGGCAACGGCAGGAGUAAGGAGGGCCGCUUGCCGCCGGGGACAAUGGGGUGGCCGCUGUUCGGCGAGACCACCGAGUUCCUCAAGCAGGGCCCGGCCUUCAUGAAGCAGAGGAGGCUCAGAUACGGGCGGCUGUUCAGGACUCACAUCCUGGGGUGCCCAACGGUGGUGUGCAUGCACCCGGAGCUCAACCGCCGGAUGCUGCUCCAGGGCGAGGCUGGCGGCCUCGUCCCGGGCUACCCGCAGUCCAUGCUCGACAUCCUCGGCCGCAACAACAUCGCCGCCGUGCACGGCCCGCUCCACCGCCUCAUGCGCGGCGCCAUGCUCGGCCUCGUCCGCCCCGCCGCGCUCCGCACCAGCCUCCUCCCCAAGAUCGACGCCUUCAUGCGCGACCACCUCGGCGGAUGGGCCGGCAGCGUCGUCGACGUCCAGGCCAAGACCAAGGAGAUGGCCUUGCUAUCUGCACUCCGGCAGAUUGCCGGCAUCACCGCUGGCCCACUCUCCGAUGCCCUAAAGACGGAGCUGUAUACGCUUGUGCUCGGCACCAUCUCCUUGCCCAUCAACAUUCCGGGGACCAGCUACUACCAAGGCUUCCAGGCAAGGACGAAGCUUGUGUCGAUGCUAGAGCAGAUGAUCGCGGAGCGGCGAUCAAUUGGUCAAGCUCACAAUGACAUGCUGGAUGCUCUCUUGAGAAGCGGCGAUGACGGAACUAGGGAGAAGCUUAGCCACGAGCAGAUCAUUGACUUGCUCAUCGCCCUCAUCUACUCAGGGUACGAAACCAUGUCAACGACUUCUAUGAUGGCCGUCAAGUACCUGUCAGACCAUCCACGGGCCCUCGAAGAACUGAGGAGAGAGCAUCUUGAUAUCAGGAAGGGGAAAUCGCCGGAGGAAGCCAUCAGCUAUGAAGAUUUUAAGUCCAUGGCCUUCACUCGAGCGGUCAUUCUUGAGACGCUGAGAUUAUCUACAGUCGUGAAUGGGCUGCUGAGGAAAACCACCCAGGAUGUAGAAAUGAAUGGGUAUGUCAUUCCAAAAGGGUGGAGAAUCUAUGUUUACACGAGGGAGAUAAACUACGAUCCAUUCAUGUAUCCUGACCCAAUGACCUUCAAUCCAUGGAGGUGGCUGGAGAAGAGCAUGGAAUCGCACCCGCACUUCAUGUUGUUCGGAGGAGGCGGCCGGAUGUGCCCCGGGAAAGAGGUGGGCACGGCGGAGAUCGCGACUUUCCUCCACUACUUCAUGACCCGAUAUAGAUGGGAGGAAGAAGGCAAGAACACGAUCUUGAAGUUCCCCCGUGUGGAAGCUCCGAACGGGCUGCAUAUCCGAGUUCAAGAUUACUGAUCUUGCAACGUACAUUUUGCAGAAUUUAGAUAGAUAGAACCUAGACGGAGCCAAUGACAUGAAAAAUAUUAGAUCAGCCUUGUAAGAAAUAGGAAGCAUAGCCAUAUAGGGAUAGAGUAGGUAUUACAGAUUUGCUAGGUAAUUGAUGCAGAAGGAAGGCCACAAGAUGCACCUGGCGUUCUUCUGUGUGAUGAGUGAAUUCCUGAGCCAAGAUGUACUAGCUUUAGUACAAAGUUAGUACGAAGUCGAGUCA